AAUUCAACAUGGCGGCCGACAGCGAACACAGUCACAGACCGGGGAUUUUUAAACAGAAAAACAAGUCCCACAAAACAGGACGUCAUCGAAGCAAGGGUAUUAUUGAUAAAGACACUAAAGGAAAGGUUGGAGCCAAGGUACUGAGCAAGAGAGCCAGAAAUGAGAUGAGAAAAGUAGAUCGUAGAAACAAGGCAAAACAGAAUAUGAUGAGAAAACGAGGAGAAGUCAUUAUGAAAAAAAGAAAUAUUGGUACAGCAUCUGGUGCUCCACAUCUAGUGGGCAUCAUACCAUUGUCUUCUGAUAUUGAUGUCAACAAAGUUUUAAACUCUCUGAAGUCGUGCGAAGAAUCUGUGAUAAUUACGCACAAUAACAACAUAACGAAUAUUGUUGUACCUAGAUUUAAAAGUCGUGUCUCAUUUAUUGCCCCGUCUAUGGAUGGUAUGACAGCUAUACUGGACAUUGCUAAGGUCGCGGACAGUUUACUAUGUGUAAUGUCCGCUGAUAAUGGAUGGGAUAAAUUUGGGGAUCAUUGUCUCUCUUGUCUGUUUGGCCAGGGACUACCAGCUACACUUCAUGUUGUACAGGGUUUGAAUGACUUGCCAAUCAAGAAAAGGACAGAUGCAAAAAGAAAUUUGCAGAAAGUUCUAGAGAAAAGAUUUCCAGAGAAGAAAUUGCAUACUCUAGAUAGUGACCAGGAUGCAUUGCUGUUACUCAGACAAAUAUCAAAUCAGAAACUCAGAGAGUUGAAAUACAGAAAUAUUAGGCCGCAUCUUUUAGCCAGAAAUGUAAUCUUUGAACCCAACAGUGAUUCAGAUGUUGUUGGGACUUUAAAAGUAACUGGUUUUCUACGAGGUUCUCCCCUAUCAGUGAAUGGAAUAGUCCAUUUACCUGGAUUCGGGGACUUUCAGAUGAAACAGAUUGACCUGGCAUCUGACCCUUGCCCUUUGAACCCCAGAGUAGUGAAGAACAAAAAAGAGAACAUGCAAGUGGAUGAUGAUACUUCACCUAUGGAUGAAGAUAUCAAAGUGUUAGAAGUAGCUAAUCCUUCAAAACAAGAAUCUUUAGAAUCUGAAGUCAUACCUGACCCUAUGGAGGGUGAACAAACAUGGCCGACAGUUGACGAACUUGCAGAAGCUGAAGCUGCCCAGAAAGCUGUUGCACAGAAGCGUAAAAUUCUAAAGAAGGUACCAAAAGGAACAUCCGAGUACCAAUCGGCAUGGAUUAUAGAUGACGAUGAACAAGUCAUUGAUGAUGACGAUGAUAAUGAAAGCGAUUCUGGCAGUGAUGAUGAUGAUGAAUUUGCUGCCAUAGAGGAUUCAGAAGAGGAAGAUAGUGAAGAAGAUGGAGGAAAAAUGGAUUAUGAAACGAUGACAAUGACCGAGAUAGACGACGAUGAACAGUAUGAUAAAGGUAUUGAUGAGGAACAGGAAAGGUUGAUGUGGGAGAAAUACAUUGAACAACGUCAUAAUGAAAUGUUUCCAGAUGAAAUUGACACACCUAUGGAUACAGCUGCUAGAAUUAGAUUUCAGAAAUACCGAGGUUUGCAAAGUUUUCGUACAUCAACGUGGGAUCCUAAAGAAAACUUACCGAGUGAUUACGCAAGAAUAUUUCAGUUUCAAAAUUUUGCCAGGACUAAAUCAAGAGUUUUGAAAGAAGACAGGGAUGCUGGAGUGAUGCCUGGUUGGUAUGUAACUUUACACAUCAUCAAUGUACCCAAGACAUUUAUAGACAAUUAUGAAAGCAACAAUCCAUUGGUUAUAUUUGGCCUAUUACAGCAUGAACAAAAGAUGUCUGUGGUACAUUUUGCAAUUAAGAAACAUCCAUCUUUCACAAAGCCAAUCAAAUCAAAGGAAUUGUUACUCUUCCAAGUUGGUUGUAGAAGAUUUAGAGCAGCUCCUGUAUUUUCUCAGCAUACAGUGGGAGACAAACAAAAGUAUGAGAGGUUUUUGGUCAGUGAUGCAGUGACAGUUGCUACUAUAUAUGCGCCUAUCACUUUCCCACCUACUUCUAUAAUGGUAUUUAAAGAAGGCAUUGAUGGCUGUCAUAAUUUAGUAGCUACUGGAACAUUGCUUGGUGUAAACCCAGACAGGAUAGUGUGCAAAAGAGCAGUACUAAGUGGGCACCCGCUUAAAAUUAAUAAGAAGAAGUCAGUUGUUCGAUACAUGUUCUUCAAUCGAGAGGACAUACAGUGGUUUAAACCAAUUGAGUUACGUACCAAGUGGGGAAGAAGAGGGCAUAUCAAAGAGCCGAUUGGCACCCAUGGUCAUAUGAAAUGUGUGUUUGAUAGACAGCUCAAAUCGCAAGAUACAGUACUUAUGAAUAUUUACAAACGUGUAUAUCCAAAAUGGACAUUUGACCCUUAUGUUCCUCUUGACCUCAAGAUCAAAAUACCGACUUCAGAUGAAAACGAGGAUGAAGAAAUGGAAUAAUGGUUUCCUAGCAACAGCAUUCAAAAACACAGUUUAAUAUAAUCUACUGAAUUAUCAGUUUUAAUGUAUCUAUUCAUUUAUUAUUUUUUUUUAGUGAAAUGGACUUUACGUAAGGUAUUAUUGGAUGUAAACAAAACAAAAAAUAAAUUUGUUUUA